UUGAGUAGGGCAGAGAACUUUCGUCCUCCAACCUCUCCUCAGCUGCGUAAGUGUCACUCGGAACAUCUGCCCAGCCUUCAAAACAGGCCAAGCUGCUACACCUCCGGAGGGCCAGGACAACUCUACAGAGUUAAUGUUGUCUGGCCACGAGGGAGCUCCGACACCAUGGUUGGCAUAGGCACCGAUCGAAGAGGACGUGGCGUCACUCAUAAUCAUAGUGAUGCUGAUGAAAGCUGUGUAUGUAGCGGCAGUUACGAUGGAGGUGUUGGUAAUGUGGCUGGUGGACAUGCUGGAGAUAAUGAUGUUAGUGGUGGCACUUAUUGUGAACAUUAG